AUGGGUCUUUGUAUAACAAAACCAAUAACAAAACAACCUAAAACUCUCAUUCGUCUUAUCAAAGUUGAAAACGAGAAUUACAACCCAAAACCCACAACACUGCCUGAUCUCCAGGCCAAGAUAUUAUAAUUGUGGGUGAAGCUCGAAAAAAAAUUGAAUAAGUUAGUUCACUGUGAAAGAACACAUAAAAUCCUAGAAUUAAAGAAACAAAUUCAAAACAUUCUGAGUAAAUCAAAAAGUACUACCAUUCCUGAAAUUACAAUUGGAAUCAUUGUGGAGCAUAUGGAAAAAAUAGCAUUCGAGAUUGAAGAGUUAAUUCGAGAAGAGUUAUUAGUUGAAGACAUUGCUAAUAAGUUCAAUCGAUUCUAUACUUAAAUUCUAGAACUUUCUCUAGAAUUCUAUAAUUGGAAGAAUGUCUAAAAUGCAGAUAAGACUCAAGUAUCAAGUUUUAUUUGA